AUGUAUUUGAAAUUGGACACAUCAUGUGGGCUCCGAUUAUUCUUUUAUUAUUUUUCAACGGCGGCUUGUCAACCCGAAUGGCUCGUUUUACAAACCUAAAGUGUAAAGUGCUGGAUCCAUCUUAUUGCGUAUAUGAUAAGUGUCACCUUAAAAUGCUUGGCCGAGGAAUUGUGGGAAUAAACGUGGAAGCAAAACUUUUAAAAGGUCCCUUCAAUAAUGCAAAGGUAAACCUCAGUCUUUGGCGUAAAUUCAAUGGUUUUCGUCCAUUUAUGUUCAAUGUGACCUUUGAUUUUUGCAAAUUUAUGCUAAAAUCGAAUGCCGCCUUGUCAUUUCAAAAAAUAUUUCUGGAUGCUGUCGGUACGAAAUCGAAUCUAAAUCACUCUUGUCCUUAUAAGAAGGAAAUUGUGGUGCGUGAUUUGGUAUUCGAGAACGAUUUUUUGAAGUUCUUGCCAUUACCAUCUGGGGAGUAUCAAAUUCAAUUAAUUGCGGCUACGGACAAUGAUUGGAAGACUAAAGUGGAUGUAAAUUUUUUUUUAGAGGAAAAUUAUAAGAACAGUUAGAAUUACUAUUGAAUUAAUUUAUAAACCACUCUUUUAUCAUGUGUUAAUGUUAGGAAUAGAAGUUUUGUUAAUAAUAGUUUAGAAUCACUGCAAAUGUGCAUAAGAUAUGUAGGCAAUUUAAUAAUUCUCUUAAAAUGGGUGUAAAACACCUCCUUAUAAAUAAAUAGCAAUUGUAUUUAUAAUUUCAAUUUUAUACCCGCUACCCGUACGGUAGUAGGAUAUUAAAAAUUUUUACCUGCACGGAAUGAAUGUAACAAACAAAAGGAGGCUUCAUAAAAUAUAAUAUAUCAUAUAUGUUCUUAAUCAACGUUAACAGCCGAGAGGAUGUCUGUCUUUCUAUUUGACUAUAAGAGAUAGAGCUUGGGCAGCUCUAAUAACUUUAGCAAGCAGAUUAAGU